AUGACUAAAAGAGCACCUUAUACGCGGCCGUGUGAUUCGUGUAGUAUUCGGAAAGUUAAGUGUGAUAUGAAAACUCCAUGUUCAAGAUGUGUCCUCAAUAAAUUGGAAUGUACAAACAACCGAGUAAGAAAAAAAUGUGGUCCUAAGAAGCUCCGUGAUAGAACUCGAGAAGCAAUCAAUAAUUUAAAUCAUCGAGAAGAAGAACCCAGUACAGAUUCAUUUGUCCCGCAUUUCCAGUUGGACAAACUACACCCCUGUUUGGAGACAUAUCAAAUUUGGUAUUAUGGAAUUUGGCCGGUUUUGUCAACUUCUAACCUAAUAAUGAGAAUUGCAAGAAGAGAUGUGUCGGCUUAUGCGCUUUCCUGUGCGUUAAGCGCAGCAAUACUCAGUCAAAUAGAUUUCAUUAGUAACAAUGGGACCUAUUGUAUCCCGGAAGACGUUAAGAAAUUAGGUUUUGUCGGCGAAUGUAUUCGAGCUCGCACUUAUAUGAAUUAUCAAAUGACUCCUACCCUUGAAACAAUAUUAACGUCAUUUUUUUUACAUGUGGCUGAAGUGAAUAAAGGUAACAAGCCAGCGGCAAUUCUUUAUUUGAGAGAAGCUAUUACCAUGGCCCAGAUAAUUGGAUUGCAUAUUGAAUCGACUUAUCAACUGAAAUCAGUAGCUGAUGCACAUCGAAUGAGAAAGAUAUAUUUUAUGUUAAUGGUGACAGAAAGGUUCAUGUGUAUUGACGACUUGAUGCCAGUUGUCCUUGAAAACUCAAUCGAAGAAUUUACAUUGGAUGAUGAGCAAUAUUCAGUGUUAAUUGAUGGAUUUAAGGAGUUGGUUAAGGUUUUUUCUAUCCCUCUGAAAGCCAUUUUCGACAGGUUUAUACAAAUGAAUGAUUCAAAAUACAUGCAUCCAGAGACUGCUGGGCUACUUCAGAAAAUACAAUUAGAAUUAGAAUCAAUUUGUAUUUCGCCAGUAGCACCAGGUAUUCAAAGGGCAAAUAUACUAGUCAGCAAAUAUUGGAUGAAGGCAUUGACUUGGAAAAUCACAAGGAGCAACAAUUUAUUGGAUAACUUCAUAUCUACAUUAAGUGUUAGAUAUCCACUAGAGUUAUCUGAGCAAUUUCUUAGAGAAAUCAAGAAUAUACCGUUGACAGCGUUUGAGUCGAAUGGACCAGGUGUGGUGUUCAAGUUAUUACUGAUAGCAACAGUAUUAAUUGAUGCAAUUAAUUUAACCAACGAUGUCGUAGGGUAUGAUUCAUUGCAGCGCAUGUUUGAUUUGAUUUCUAGAUUGCGAAAAACAGACAUGAUAAUCCCACGUCGGGAAUAUGAUAGGAUUAAAGACGCAUUAAAUAAAAUGGAGAUUGAUAUGAUUUUUAGCAGUUCUCAACUGGGUGGCUACAUUUCCGAAGUGGAUUCAAAUGGCUCAUUGGAUGCUUUUCUUACAGAUCCUCUUGUGCUUUAUUCAGGAAAUUAUGACGAGGGUGAUACAAGCUUCAUACCAGACUAUUCAUAA